AUGUUUAAACUAGCCAUUUCUCUUGUCGUUGCGGCUCUCGGUGCUGCCUCUGCUUACGGGCAGACAAUUCCUGUCGGAGAGCUUUGCUCUGGAAUUGCUGGGCCCCUCCCCUAUCCUUGUAAGCAACUGUUACGGACCUUUAAAUUCAUGGGGAUCACCGAAGUCAGGUAUGAGUAA